GGAUGACCUCCCAAAUGAAAUCGGACUUUUUUUUAGUAAUUAUGUUGUCUGACUUGUUAAAUUAACAGAGAGCAACUCCGAACACUGCAUUUUGGUUGGGAUCCCACUCUCGCUCCUUAGUCUUAGGUUUUCUCGUCAUUUACUCUCUCUAGCUUUGCUCUUGAUAUUUUCAACCUUUUGAGAGUCAAAAGUAAGCAUAAAAGGCGAGAUUUAAAGUACUGAGAGUCGAGAGCCCAACAUGAUUGCACUAUAAGGUGGUUCGAUUAAUUUAUGCGGAUGAAGAACUAAGCGAAAGGUAAAAGGAAAUUUAAGUUUCAAGAGGUGUUCAGAUUCCAUUUUGGGCAAAAAAAAAAAGUUUGGGUUGUACAAUAAUCUCAUAAGAUUUUCUUUUUAGUUUAUAUUUGAUUGGCAUGCAUUAAACUUAGGUGAAUAGGAUCCUAAGUACUUAAAUACUAGGUGGAGUUAACCCCAUGGAAUCAAGUUAACCCCAUGGAAUCAAAUUAACAAGUCUGAAGUUAAUAAGCUUAUGUUUGGGUGUAGAGGAUUGAGUUUCGAGCUCUUUCGAUAAAUGUGAGAAGUAUAAAAAGAUAAAAAAUUAGAAUUACUAGAAAGAUGUGCAAAUUCAAUAUUGUUUACUAUUUAAUUUAGGUUGUUUAUACCAACUUAAAAAUUUUAGUAGGCAAGACAAGGCCCCAGAGUUGGAUCUUGAGCUUACACUCAUUUUUGUGUACGCACUCAAUUCUCCCACCAUGGUUUGCCACCACAUAGCAAACUUUUUUUCCUUUCUUAUUUAAUGUGAUUGGAGAGGCACCCGUGUUUGCUAUUAUUGUAUUUCCAGUUGGACUUUGGAAAGUACGAUCAAUUGCCUUGGGAUGUACAAAGAAUUGAGAAAAGAAUCUCAGUGUAAUUUAAAUGGAUGAUAGAGAUGCUGAUUUGGUUAGAAGGAUUGGGACAGUAACAGCUCUUGAAGUUAGAGCCAGUGGUGUUCACUAUGCAUUUGCACCUUGUAUUGCUGUAUCCAGAGAUCCUAGAUGGGGAAGGUGCUAUGAGAGUUACAGUGAAGAUACUGAAGUUGUUAGAAAAAUGACUUGUCUAGUUGAAGGGUUGCAGGGGAAACCACCUGCAGGAUACCCAAAGGGCUAUCCAUUUGUAGCUGGAAGAAAUAAUGUAAUUGCAUGUGCAAAACAUUUUGUUGGAGAUGGGGGAACUGAAAAAGGUUUGAAUGAAGGAAAUACCAUUGCAUCUUAUGAUGAGUUGGAGAGGAUCCAUAUGGCUCCUUACCUGGACUGUAUAGCUCAAGGAGUUUCAACUGUCAUGGCAUCUUAUUCUAGCUGGAAUGGACGUCCGCUUCAUGCUGACCAUUUUCUGCUGACACAAAUUUUAAAAAAUAAACUUGGGUUCAAGGGUUUUGUUAUUUCUGAUUGGCAAGGACUUGAUCGGCUAAGUAGACCAAGAGGCUCAAACUAUCGGUUGUGCAUUUCUGCAGCAGUUAAUGCUGGAAUAGACAUGGUUAUGGUGCCCCUUAGAUACAAACAAUUUAUCAAGGACUUGCUAUUUCUGGUUGAAUCUGGGGAGAUUCCAAUGACAAGGAUUGACGAUGCUGUUGAACGAAUAUUGAGAGUGAAGUUCGUUUCUGGUGUUUUUGAACAUCCUUUCAGUGAUAGAUCAUUGCUAGACGUGGUUGGUUGCAAGAUUCAUCGAGAUCUAGCGCGAGAAGCUGUUCGCAAGUCGUUGGUUCUUUUGAAAAAUGGCAAAGACCCAACAAAACCGUUUCUACCGUUAGACAUGAAAGCCAAGAAGAUUCUUGUAGCUGGUUCACAUGCUGAUGAUCUUGGAUAUCAGUGUGGAGGGUGGACCAUAUCUUGGGAUGGGAUGACUGGCAGAAUCACAAUUGGUACUACCAUUUUAGAUGCAAUCAAAGGAGCAGUUGAAGACCAAACAGAAGUAAUUUAUGAGCAAAAUCCAUCAGCGGUCACCUUGAACGAUCAAGAUAUCUCUUUUGCCAUUGUGGCUAUUGGUGAAAGUCCUUAUGCCGAAUUCACUGGCGACGACUGCAAGCUUAUGAUACCCUUCAAUGGAAAUGACAUUGUAAAAGCAGUUGCUAGCAAAAUCCCCACUUUAGUGAUUUUAAUAUCCGGAAGACCUCUAGUUUUAGAGCCAACUGUAAUGGAGAAUGCUGAAGCUCUCAUUGCUGCUUGGCUUCCUGGAAGUGAAGGAAACGGAAUCACUGACGUUAUCUUCGGAGAUUAUGAUUUCACUGGCCGAUUACCCGUUACAUGGUUUAGAACAGUAGAGCAACUCCCAGUCCAUGCUGAAAAUAAUUUGCAGGAUUCAUUAUUCCCUUUCGGGUUCGGGUUAUCGUAUGAUAAAAGAGAAGUCUCCUCAGUAAUUACAUGAGCUAAGCAUGAACUGAUUUGAGUCCGCAGAUGUGUUCGAGAAAUUGGCUGCCUUUCCUUGUUGUUGGGCACUUUUCCACUCAUCUCCCAUUCUUGUAAUUGGUAUUAGUGCACCCUGACUCAGAUUUCUCUUGGAAUCAUGUAUAGAGUUUGUAAAAUAAAAGAUGUUAUUUGUAUAAUAAACAUGAUGCCAAUAAAUAAAUAUUACUUUGGCAACC